GUACUCUGUAUAUUUAUUGCAUGGGUUUCAAUGGCAACGUUAGCAGAGAUUUUAAUGCGAUUUGAUAUCAUUCCUUGGAAGAUGAAUAAUAGUAAAAUUUUCGAGUAUAUUCUCAUCGCUUCACCUUUUACAUCUCUACAUAAAUUGUGUUUCACGAAUAUCGAUGAAAGCACAAAAUCGUUGUGUGGUGUGAGAUGUCUUGUAAUAAUUAAUGCAGUAUUCGGACAUACAUGUGCGUUAGUAAUGAUUCUAGGCACAGUAGCAGAAAAAUAUUCCAAUAUCGUAAAGGCGAUGGACUUUUUUUUAUGGGAGAUCCUUCUUCAAGGCUUCACGAUGAUCGAAUCGUUUUUCUUCUACAGUGGUUUUAUGGUUAUGUAUUUGAGACAAAAGCGUGGAAACAACUCUGUGAAGCACUAUAUCAUGCCUUUAGUCAAGAAAAUUUUCAGAUUCACUUUUCCGGUAAUCUUUGUUUUGGGCUUUGCAAUUCUUCUGCCUCUACUCGGAGAUGGUCCUCAUUGGCAUCGUGUUAUUGAUCAAGCGGAAUACUUAGAAAACAGUUGGUGGAAGUAUAUCACUCAUGUUCAUAUUUAUACAGAAUUCGAACAGAAGAAAUUUUUAAACGUUACGUGGUUUAUGAGUGCGUUAUUGCAAUUGUCUAUCAUAGCAUCAUUGCUACUGUAUGUUAAAGACAGAAAUUAUUUCCUCUUGGUCUAAAUGUUACAGCAAACUAAAUUUCGUUACAUUUGGAUUGAUAAAGAUUUUUGUAGACGGUGUUAAAUAGG